AUGGAGCCCAAAAUUGCGCCGCUCGUAAAUCGCUGUCUUGCUUUAUUCGAAACAUUCAGUGAGUCCUUGUCAUCAAGUCAGGCCGAAUGUUCCACAACUCGUUCGCAUUUGGCCAGAUUUAGGCUGUGGGCAGGUAGCUUGGGAGCACAUCGGUCGUCUGGAGGUCGGUCACUGGAAUAUCGUCUUCGUGAUUCGUCCUUUGUGCGCAAUCACAUAAUCUCCCUGCUUCAAGAGCUUGUUUCCUCUAUUGAUGAAGGAAUUGAGUUGGCGAAUACAGAAAGCGACGACAAGAAAGCUUUGGACGAUGCAGACUUGGACUUGGAACUAUAUUUCCAGUCAGAUGAUGCCGACGAGCAAUCUGAAAUUACAAACAUUCUUGGCGACAUCGGGCAUAUUAUCGAUUGCUUGCUGAGACUAUCAAUCACGAUCCGAAAUCCAGCGCGUCAUGACCAAUUCAACUCCAGAGCUGGAGCAGAUACUGUUUCUUCUUACAGCGAGUGGGACAUGAAGCAUAUACGCGAAAAGUUCGACCGGCUUGAUGGUAAACUUGUUGAUAGACUAGCUAUGGCCAUGUCUCGCCGCCGCCAAUACAUCAAAUACCGAGAAGAACACAGCAAGAAACUUGCACAUGGGCUGUUGGACGAGCCUGGUGAGGGUGAAAACGCAACAACUAUUGCGUCUUCAAUUCCGAAAAAGCUAAAAGACGAGGAGAACACUGCAAUUUUUACUAAAAUGGAUGCACUCUUGGACAACAUGUCUGAAGUUUCAGGAACAUCGUAUGCGAAUUCGAUUGCUGCCAACAAUGAGCUACGAGUGCCCAGUAUACCAAGAGAGUAUAUCGACGGGCCAUUUUUGUGCCCUAUAUGCCAUACGUUAAUAAUCAUUAACGAUAGAAAUUCCUGGAAGGACCUUCAACCCUACGUGUGCUUAUUCGACAAUUGCUCGUCUCCAAGUCAAGUAUAUCAGCGUCGUAAAGACUGGGUGGCACAUAUGAAACAAGAACACUGGGUCUCCUGGUCUUGCUCGUUUGGAUGUUCUAAAUCGUUUCGUAGCCAGGAAAGCUUUGAGGAACACGUCACAACAAUCCAUGGGCAAAACUUCGAGUCCAUUGACUUACAGGCCGUUCUGAAUUUAUGCCGCUUUCCAAACGAUACAAAUACGGUUGGCAUAUGUCCUUUCUGCUUUGAUUACGAGAUCAAAUCUGACAAAAGCUAUCAAUCGCACGUCGGUGAUAAUCUCGAGCGCCUUGCCCUUUUUGUUUUGCCUAAAACGUUAUAUGAUGAUGAUAGCGACGGCGGCGACGACGAUUCUGAUAUUGAGACGCAGUCUCGCGGAGGCGACAGCUGGGAGAACGAGGAACCAGACGAAGGCAACAUAGAGAGUACGCACCCGCUGAUGGACUAUAAUAUGCAGUUGGAACUACUUGAACAGGCGAAUAAAAAGCGCCUCAUGAGGGCCCGUCAGGAGCAAAGCGAGAUGGAGGGAAUCCCUCGAGAUGGCCAGCCUAGCGUCCCCGCAGGAUUUGAUGGACAGCCGUUCCCAGAUACCUCGCCCCAGGCAAGGAGGUCCGGAACCUCUCCCAACCCUGAGGAGCAGAUGAAUAAUUCUAGCAUCCCCUCCCAUAUUCCUGGUGAUGACCAGUCCCUCGAGGCCCCCAACGCCAUGGAUUUCCUGGGCAACCACGUUGAGGUCGACAUGGCACCUCAUCUUUACAAGGGUGCAGAUGAAGGAAACAUGGAACAGGCUCAGAUGAACAGCAUGAAUCUGUCCGGCAAGAAGGUUUCUUUUGCCAAAGGCAAGAACAUUGCCAUGUUUCCAUCUACGACCCUCAAAUACCGGGAAGACAGUCCAGAUUCUCAUCCAGAUUCUCAGGACUCAGCUAUGAGGCACAGCGCCGGCGCCGGCGCCGGCAGCCCUCUGUUGUCCCUCUCAUUCCAGCAGGAAACCCUUCCUCCUUCUACGCUGAUUGAUAGAUUCUUCUUUGGUGAAGAUGAAGAAGACCUGGAUGCAGACAUCUCGAGCCCUGGUCGGCUUCCUCCACCGUCGGACACUGGUGAUAGUAGCUUGAAGAGAUCAACUUCCAUAACUCCCGCCAGUCCUAAGGGUGAGCAUCCUGGUGAUUCACAGCGACCUGAAAGUCACCAGGAACAAUUCGAAAGCUCUGAACAAAUUCGCACAACAGGAGAAGAAGAUCAUAGUCGACCCAGCACCCGCCAAAGUGAGCGCUUUGUGGAGGAGGAAUUCUCCACUUUCGCGGGGGUUGAUGAGGAUUUCUUUAAGCCAUCAUUACUACAGCGACAUAUGGCUGAGACAGACUCACUGAGAGACCAAGCCAGGGGAGUAGGCGUCAACAACGUUCGCCAGAGAUAUGGUAGUCUGUCAACUUUUCACGGCGAGGGUCCCAUAGAAACAAGCCCUAUAUCUGCGCUUCGUGCCGUCGAGCUGCCCGGCUCAGAUACCAUUGUACCUCGUCCACACGAUCACAGUGAGUAUGAGGACGCUACCGAGGAAUCAAAACGGCUUGAAGAGCAUCUUGGGGAGCAUUUUAAGGAGGAAGUCCAAGAAGUCCCCAUGUACGGUGACUCAAUUAAGCCACCAUAUGGCAUACCAGAAUUCAAAAAGCGACGAGGCAAAGAUGCCGCCGACGCUGCCGAGAAGAUGCGACGGCUUGAAGGGGAGUUCCGCGAUGAGGCUGAGCUUCGUGAUUUACAGAAACAGCUUGAUGCUAUUAAGGAGCGCGAGUCCAACGCCGAGAUUGAGAGGCGCGUAUCGAAUAAAUUCGCGCUUAGACGCUUUAUGGAGGAGGAGGAUGCUGCUGAAGCUGCCGAGAGAAAAAGACGGCUUGAAAGGGAUUCUAGUGGAGAUGAGGAGCGUCGCAUGAGGCGCCUAUUAGAGGAAUUCGAACGUACAUUCGGCAAGCAGGAAGAGGAAGCUGCCGAAGAGAAGCACCGGCACGAGAAAGAGUAUCGUGACGAGAUGUAG